UAAAACUCAUAGUAAAUAAAUCAAUCAAAAAUUGAGUUUUUUCUUCCCAUCAUAUCAGGACCAAGGACCAUGUUUUGUGAUCCCGGUAUAAAUCAUAUAAACACUGCAGAUCAAUAUUUACGUUUGAUAAAGCCACAUGUUUGUACCUCAUACACGCUUCACAACUAUGACUACCACUUGCCUUGAACUUCCCCGCGCAGCUGUCUUUCAAAAUAAUGAAUGGGGAUAGUGUUAGCAAAAGGUUGUUUGUCUUUUUAUCACUAAUGGUCUAUUCCUAAUUUAGAUUGCAGAAGGAAUUAAUGGAGUUGCUAAUGUCUAACGACAAAAGCGUAACGGCAUUUCCAGAUGGUGAAAAUCUCACUCGUUGGCUAGCGUCUAUACGUGGUCCUGAUGGAACGGUAUAUGAAGGUCAGCAAUACAAGCUUUCACUUGAGUUUGGCCCUAACUAUCCAUACAGUCCUCCAAAUGUGCGUUUUGUUUCGAAAUGUUAUCAUCCUAAUGUUGAUACUCGUGGAGUAAUAUGCUUAGAUAUUCUGAAAGAAAUGUGGUCUCCUUUACUGACUGUAGAAAAUCUUCUGUUAUCUAUUCGAAGUUUAUUAGCAGAACCCAAUAAUGAUAGUCCUUUAAAUGGACAAGCAGCCCAACUAUGGUCUAAUCCUUCUGCAUUCCGUGCUGAAAUGAUGAAAUUUCAAGCAUCAUCGUCCAACAGCUAGUCUAUGUAAAUAUUUCAGUGUCUGGCUAUUGUGUACAGUCAAAUUUUCUCCUUAACGGUUGGCAAACUUUUGUACUAUCCAUUCUCUUUCCCUCUAUUUUCUAGUUUCUAUAUUCUACCUAAAUCCAUGUAUUUAUCCAAAUGCAAGACAUACUCAAAAGACUCGCGUAUAAAUAUUAUAUACAUACAAAAUAAAAUGUUCUAUGAAACACUA